GGAAGCCAAAAUAUAUCAGUCAUCAGAAACAGCAAACUGUCCUGCAGUGCUAACCGAGACAGGAGAAGUCCCUGAGCUGGGACUUUUUGUAUGACUGAGAUAUUAACUACAUGGAUAAGUGAGCACUGCUAUGUUGGUACAUUUAGAAUAAGACCCAGUGAUGGGCAUUAUACAGGCAAGCCUGAAGUUCUCUACAGAGAACUUGACACAAACUACUACUGAAGCUGAUCUACCAUCGAGAGUGAAAGACAAGGACACAGCGGUGGCACUGAGUGAUUACCCUCCUCCUGAUGUUUGUGAACCGCUAUUCCACAUAGGAGAUUGGCUGAAACUUGUAUCAGAUGAGGGGUACUGGUGGAAGGUAUACUCUCUCCAGACUAGAGAGGAAAACUUCAUCCCACACAGUCAUGUAGCCAAGGUUUACCAUGGCUGGUUGUUUGAGGGGGUUGAGAGGGAAAAGGCUGAAGAGCUGCUUCGACUGCCUGGGAACAGAGUAGGGUCUUUCAUGAUCAGAGUCAGCACAAGAGGUAUGUAUGCCUUGUCUGUGCGUCACAGGGUUGUAAUGCAUUACCGGAUAUUUCGGCUGCCAAACAACUGGUAUUUCAUCUCCCCACGUCUCACUUUCCAGUGCCUCGAGGACCUGGUCAGCCACUACUCUGAUAUAGCGGAUGGUCUAUGCUGUGUUCUUACUGGUCCCUGCUUGGCUGCCCCUGACCUAUCCCAAAGCCUUCCCUCCCCGCCUGCUCGAACGAUGAGAUCACAGAACUGCACAGCAGUGGACAGUGCUGAACAGCAGAAUGCCAGUGGCUUUCCUGCUCGCAGAGACUCUGCCAUGAGUUUCGGGGUCGAAAACAGUGUGCUGACCUAUCUCUCCCUGGCCGGAGUCCAAGAAACAAGGAAGCACAGCUGGAAGAGGAAGAAAUGGAGAUCUAUCUACAUGCCAUCUAGCCAACAGGUCCACAGCACAGUCAGAGAGGAAGAGAGCUAUGAGGAAGUUGCAUAAUGAACCUCAGAAAGAGCUGAAGAUGCAACACUGAAAUCUGAGGACAUGAACGGCUAAAACCUAGAAACAUGCUUUGCAUUUGACCCAAGACAAAUUGAUCUAUUCCAAAAUAUUACAUUGUGUUUUAGAAAAAUAUCCUUGCAAACUAAUCUUAAGGAUGAAUUGAGAAAGCCAGCAAACAACAAGGAGUUGUUAGCUGACAUUUUGAGGUCAGCAAAUUAUGCACAGGGCUCAAGCUACUCCAGUGAAGAUGUUUGAGAUAUUUCACACAUUGACUUUUACUGCUUGUGUUUCAGUACCACAUGUGGACUUCACUGUGGAUUUACUCUGUUCUCUUCAACCAUGAAAAGACCAAGACAUUGUUAUUUUCUCCAUUCUGGCUCACCAUCUCCUCAUGAUUCAGACAGAUGCAUUUUUCAGUUCUUACCAUGAGCAGAGCCUGGUGGAAGAGAGAUGAGGAUGGGAAGAGAUGAAGGCUGGCAAUGUCAGCACCAUUUCUGUCUGCUCCCACAGUCACCCUGGUGGGAUCUCCUCCGAAAAGUGCAAUGUUCUCCUGUACCCACCCAAGUGCUGCUGCCUGGUCCUGCAGCCCAUAGUUCCCCGGAAGAGCACUGGAACCUGUGGUCAUAUGACCAUGCAAAUUGUAUCACUCUGUGAUACAAAGUUGACCAGAUGUUCACUCAAUGUAUGAAACAACAAUCUGCAACUGAAUUCUACCAAAUAAUGUACAUGCUCGUGAGUAGAGUCAAUUCCUACACAGACAUUUAUGAUACUGCUAAUACUUUAACCAUCGCAACAAGAGAAUCCAGACUAAAGAGUGUUACUAAAGCAUAUCAUUCAUAGCACAUAGCAGUCUUAUUAUUUUGAGGUGUCUGUUAUAAACACUCACAGUGUUUAUAAGCUAUAUAUCAUCGCUGUCAGACAAAAACCUUGUAUGUCCAAAAUAGCAACCAGGAGGAACAUUCUUAACUUUCAACAGAACUUAAUGUAAAGAUGUUUUACUCCAAAUAAUUUGGGGCUCUUAAUAUAGGUCUAUGCAACCUGACCUUGGAAAGGUAUAGGGCACCAGACCAGUGUUGUGAGAGUUACAAAAAAAAAAAAAACAGUCCAUAACAAAUGGUUUCUCUCAAUGUUCAAACAAUUUUUAUUAAUACUUA